AUGCAGCGCAGGAGCUUUGCAGACUUGCCGGCGCACACGGAGAUGCAGAUGCCGUCGUUGUCACCGACCAUGACGCAGGGCAACAUCGCCGUGUGGAAGAAGAAGGAGGGUGCGUCGAUCUCGCCCGGCGACGUGCUGGCGGAGGUGGAGACAGAUAAGGCCACCAUCGAGUGGGAGGCGCAGGAGGAGGGAUUCCUCGCGAAAAUCAUCAAGGGCGACG